UUGAAAAAAAAUGCCAGAGCCUUGUAGUCCGAGCUAGUGUCGGAGACUUGAGUAGGCGAAUCUUGAGGUUUGCUUCAGCCCCGCGUAUCAGGGAUCACCCAACAUGUCUCAGCAACCAAGGGAGGCUCACCCUGACAUGUUGCUUUUUGCUGUGAUCAACGUUGUUACAAACACCUGGGCGUGUCCCUUGAUUCUUAAUGAGGCCGAUGGAGUUCAGUUUCAAUGCAUCAAGGCGACGCUUAGGGAAAUAUGCGGCACGAUGGAUGUUGUCCGGUUUGGCCUUCAUAUCGUCCCACACAUUAAACGGCCACGAGGCGCCCUUGUCCUGCGGCCACUUGCAUAUGUCAAACUCGCUAAGCCUGUCGUUAAGGGCAUAUUUGACUUCAGGCUCGAUGGCAUCCGUCGUGAGCGAAUAUCAUCCACAUUUUCCAGACGCCGUUGAAUAUCCGAAUUUGCAAAUCGGCGUGAUCAGAUGCCCAACUGAGGUGCCAAACGUGUGCAGGUAAUCGUCUUGCUGACUUGUAUGGCAUGUGGACCGCUGGUAUGUUUGCUUUCUCUCUUCUCAGACUUGAGAUUUUGCUUGCGAUAUAUAUGAUGCACUCAACGCAAAAUCGCAUCGUCAAGUCUGUGACACUCACU